AUGGCCACCAUAACCGCUCCAAAGCAAUUUUCUCCGGUUGAAGAUGCUGAGAACAUCAAGAGGGCUUGUCAAGGAUGGGGAACAGAUGAGGGGGCUCUAAUUGCCAUACUAGGACACAGAAAUGCAACUCAGAGGAAGCUCAUAAGGCUAGCUUAUGAAGAGAUUUACCAAGAGGAUCUCAUCAAACAGCUUCAAUCUGAACUUUCCGGGGACUUCGAGAGAGCUAUAUGCAACUGGACUCUGGACCCUGCUGAUCGAGAUGCUGUCUUGACUAAUGCGGCACUGCAGAAGGCAGUACCUGAUUACCGGGCAAUCAUUGAAAUUGCAUGCAUAAGGUCCCCAGAAGAACUCUUGGCAGUAAGGCGUGCUUAUCGGUGUCGUUACAAGCGCUCUCUUGAAGAAGAUGUCGCCUCUCACACGAUGGGCCACAUCAGGAAACUUCUUGUUGCAGUGGUAAGCGCGUACAGGUAUGACAGAGAUGAGUUUGAUACGCAAGUGGCGCAUUUGGAAGCGGAUAUUCUUCAUGAGAAAGCCCAAGAAAUGGCUUUUGACCAUGAAGAAUUGCUUAGAAUUCUUAGUACAAGGAGUAAGGCACAGCUCAAGGCAACUUUCAACCGCUACAGGGAUAAUCAUGGCACAUCCAUUACCAAGGGUUUGUCGGGUGACCCAGCUGAUGCCUAUCUAGCUGCACUGCGUACAACUAUCCGAUGCAUUAGAGACCCUCGAAAGUACUAUGCAAAGGUUUUGCGCAAUGCCAUCAAUACUAUGGGAACCGAUGAAGAUACUCUCAGUCGUGUGAUCAUCACUCGUGCAGAAAAGGAUUUGAAAGAUAUCAAGGAACUCUACUUUAAGAGGAACAAUGUUACUUUGGAUGAUGCCCUAGUUAGGCACACGUCAGGAGACUACAAGGCCUUUCUUCUUGCCUUAUUGGGGAGGGAUGAGGUUUAG